AUGAUUAAAGAAUACACCCUUUUCGGACUAGGUAUAGACACUAGGAAUCCAUUAUUGGAUAUUCAGGUCAGAGAUCAAAGUUUUCUUGAAAAAUAUGGUCUAGAGCCUAAUAACUCUAUUCUUGCUGAAGAAAAACACAUUCCAAUUUAUGAAGAGAUCGCUCGGAUUUCUGAUGUGAAAUAUGUUGCUGGAGGGUCUGCCCAGAAUACUCUUCGUGCAGCUCAAUACAUUCUUCCAAAGAACUCUACCGUUUAUGUUGGAUGUGUUGGGAAUGAUGAAUUUGCAGAUCACCUUAAAUCUAUUUCAGAAAAAGAAGGGUUAAGAACAGAAUAUUUAGUCGAUACUACUGAGCCCACUGGUGUAUGUGCUGUUAUAUUGAACGGUGUUAAUAGAUCUUUGGUAACACGACUUGCUGCUGCUAGAAAUUAUAACAUUUCUCAUUUGAAAUCCCCUAAAAUAUGGUCUCUUGUUGAAAAUGCAGAUUUCUAUUAUGUUGAAGGUUAUCAUUUGUCAGUUUGUGGGUUAUGUAUUUCUACUAUAUGUGAAGAAGCAGCUAUUAAAAACAAAGUUUUUAUUAUAAACUUAUCUGCAGAAUAUUUGUGUUACUCAUACAAAAACUUAAUGGAUUUACAGUCUCAGUAUUGGGAUUAUGUAAUUAGUAAUGAUUCUGAAGCAAUUGCGUAUGCUAAUUCUCACGAUAUUCAAACAACAAACAUAGAAGAAAUAGCUAAAUACAUUUCUAAAUUGCCUAAAAAAAAUAACAAGCGUCCUAGAGUCGUGAUUGUUACUCGAGGAGAUAAAGAUAUUAUUGUAGCUAAAUCACAUAAUGGGCAAACAGAAUUAAUUUCUGUUCCUGUUCCGGAAGUUCCACAGGAUGAAAUUUUAGAUACUAAUGCAGUUGGAGAUGCUUUUGCAGGAGGUUUUAUAGCUUCUUUGAUCUUAGGAUAUUCGCUCAAAAGAAAUAUUCAGUGCGGCAUAUGGUUAGCACAGCUUUGUAUAAGACAGAAUGGAGCAACUUUUCCAUUUCCAAAACAAAUAUUUAAUGAACAAUAAUAUCGUUUUAAAUUCUUUAUACUAUAAAAACUAUUUAUUCAAAAAAACAAAAAUAAC